GUUUGUCGCUAACUUAUGUCUUUGAUAAUUCCAACCUAGCAAUAUAAUUAUUUAAGAGAUUUCUUUUGCAUUAACGUUUUUUAUCGAUUUUGACCAUUUGCAGUUGAGUCAGUGCGUUUUUGUGCUUUCCAAGAGGCAGUUAAGUUCUGGACCAUAUUGAUGUUUAUUCUUUGAAGCAAAAACCCAGUAAAAUGGCAUUGUCACCACCACAACAGUUUUGCGUGAGAUGGAACAGUUACCAGUCAAAUCUACAGAAUGCCUUCCCUAAACUCCUGAACUCUGAGCACUUUGUCGACGUUACCCUGGCUUGUGAGAACGAAAUGUUGAAAUGUCACAAGGUGGUCCUGUCGGCUUGUUCAACUUACUUCGAAAAGCUGCUCCUGCACAACCCCUGCCAACACCCCAUCAUCUUCAUGAAAGAUAUGAAAUUUCACGAGAUGCAGUCGUUGAUCGACUUCAUGUACAAAGGGGAGGUUAAUGUAUCUCAGGAUGAUCUUCCAUCGCUGUUGAAAUCGGCGGAAGCCUUACAAAUAAGGGGCCUAUGUGGCUCCGACCAAAUCUUCGGGCAGCAAAACUUCGUCAAGACACAGUUAGCCAGAGCUUCAGCAGCUGUAGCGGCAGCUUCAUCGCAGGCUGCAUCAAGUACAAAUCCGGGAAGUGAGACAGACAAAGCUGUCGGUCAAGAGCACAACGUAAAAAGUGAAAAAACAGAGGAGAUGGAGUGCAAUCAAUCGGCUUCCGAGUCAGAUUCCAACGAUGCGUUGCAGAUCAGAGAGGAUACCGAAAACGUUAAGGAAGAACCGGAGGUGGAGGAAUCUUAUUACGAGGGUGAAUCAGAAAUCUUAGAUACGGAAUUUAUUGAAGGUGAAGGAACUAUCAACACUGGUGUGGAAGAUAAAGCCACUCCUAUGAAUGCCAUGGCCAACGUAUCUUGCCAUUACGAUGGCACUCCAGUUUCAGGUUCUUCUGCGAAGAGGAUAAGGAGGACAGAUGAGGAACUGAGAAGGGCUGCUGAGUGCAUAACGAGGGGCCAAACCUUCCAGAAUGUCAGCGACCAGUUCAGCAUACCGAUCUCCACGAUACGGUUCUACAUGGCCAGAAAGGGGAUAUUGCCGAGACGUAAGAGGGGCAGGGCUUGUUCUGGGGCGGUGCAUGUCAAUCUUCCCAGUUCCGGCUACAGCCCCAACAUGUACACCGGGAACCCGAACCACAUAACGCCCGGUAAUACAAGUCCAGUAGGUCCACCUUACCAUAUUGUACAUUAUAAGUUAUCCCAGCUGGGGGUGUCCAAACUGAAAUAAACCGAUCUCUUUCCAGGUCGCUAGGUCCCAGAUUUUGUAUAAAUACGCGCAACCUAGGAAUGAUUUGUCGUUUUUGAAUGCAUCCAGAUAAAAAGUGUAUUGUCCGGAAGUCGAGAGUGUUCGAGAGAUAUUUUUGUAAAACUAACUCGUUUAGUGGUUCUUUAUGUGUUCAGGUUGUGUCGGUACUUAAUUGAGUAUACUUACCCUAAUCUUCCUAACGAACAAGAGGUAUGGAACAGUAGAAUAUAUUUUAUUUCGACUUUUUCGUGGUUAGAGGAAGACCAAGAUGAGCGAUUAAGACAAUAAACAAUACAGGCCGGAAAUUCUUUGAAACGACAAAGUCAUUCCUGAUGCCGGUGGACUACUUUUCUUCGAAUAGUUCGAAAAAGAUUUCGAGUUUGAAGAAAUCUAGUUCCACGAUAACGUUGAAACAGAAAGGUUAUUUAUUUAUUUUUAUUAUCCCAUUGAACGUUUUCAUUUAGACUAGGGUUAUUUAUUUUCACGUUUACAUCACAUUGAUUUUUAUUGAUAUUUUUGUAAUUUUAUCUUGCCAUGUAAUUUAUUCGAUUUUUUACCUGUUAUUUAUUUAUUAUAUUCUCAGCGGGUCGUUCUGAUCGGAAAUGGUUCAGGAUGGCCUUUACGCGGAUAUUGAGACUGAUUUUUAAUUGUAGCAAGUACAGUUGUUCGGGUUUUUUCUGAUAUUAUUUUUUAAUUGAGGCAGUAUUGGAAUUAACGCAAAAGUCAUACCAAAAUCUUUGUAAAUAGGUUCCCACCAAAGUGUAGUAGUAAAUAUGUGUUGCAUGUUUUUCGUUCAUUCAAUUACUCCAGAAAUCUCUAAAUCUUUAUGUUUUUCCUAACCUGGGGGUUUUGAAGACAUAAAAUUUACUUUAGUUCAAAGUACAGAGCAAGUAAGGAUAUAUUUUCACUUUUCCCAUUCUCCGGUGUCCCGAGAACGAUUUAAAACCACCCUUACGGGUUUCCAAAGCUAUUUUCAGUAUGAUAUGUUCGAACCUCUAAUUAUGGGUGAUUUUUUUCUAAUAAAAUGAUGUAUAGAGAUAAAAAACGUAGGUAAACAGAAUUAUAGUACUCUAAUUAAGUCGUAAGUAGUAGAAUUCACUGAAUCAGUUCUAGUCCAAACGAUUAAACUCAUUAAGCAAACAGAAUAUACGAAAAGGAACACACGGCUUUCGUUUAAAUGAGAGUUUAAGUUAUUUACAGCCUUCCACAAUAUCAAUAGUGCCAUAAAAAAGAGAUAAUUAAAGUGCCUCUCAGAUCUAGAAUUUUUUUCUUACAAACACAAUAUCUUCAGUCUUGGUUCGAAACAAACAACCUUUGGAAAGAAUUAUUCGUCUGAAGAAGAUCAUUUAAGUAGGUACCAAAAUCCCUUGUUCACAUUUAAUUGAUCGGUGUCCAAAAAAAACGUUUCUCCAAUGAUUUAAACUAUGUUGUACAAACAAGUACCUACAUCAUGUGUAAAGUGCCAUCUUAAUAUAUUUUUCUAGUUUAAUAGAAAGCUUAAGUAUUGUGAAAUUAGACAUAAUUGUAUACAGUAUUCGGUCUUAAUAUAAAAGUAUCAAA